AUGCAAGCCGCAAAUACAAGCGGUGACCCCGACGAAGGAGACUUAGAACUCGCGAGCGCGCAGAUCAAUUCAAAUGCCUCCUUAACUGUGUCUUUGGCACAGACUCCUUACUGCAAGAAGCACGGAUAUGAUCCCCAGAAUCCCCUCUGUGCCCACAUAAUCUUCUGUGGGAGUAUUGUAAAGGUGAAAGAUUCAGAAGCGGGCUUAGCAAAAAAAGCAUUAUUCAGUCGCCACCCUGAAAUGGAAAAUUGGCCUAAGGAUCAUAAUUGGUUCUUUGCCAAAUUCAACAUCACCAAUAUUUGGGUCCUGGACUACUUUGGUGGAUUGAAAAUUGUGACACCAGAAGAAUAUUACAGCGUCAAGCCUUAGUGGAAGAAGAUCCUUGGUGAUGCUGAUAUACAAGUGAAUUACUUUGGCUGUUUCAUGAAAGAUUUAUUUUUUGUCUAUGUAUUGUAAAGCUGAAUUAAUAAUGCAAAAAAUCAAACACCUUGCAUUGUUAAUGAGCUUGUAUAACCCUUCUGAAGCAAAUGUAAAUUCUCACUAACUAGCACAGCUUGAAUCAUGUCAUACUCAAAAACCUUUGUGCAUAAGCCAUAACUAAAUUUUACUCAUUGGACGUGAUUCUGAAAGAUGUCUGUUGACAGUCUGCAUUCAGAAAGGCUGUGUUUACUGGAAACUAAAGGAUUAGUCCAGUUCUAAACCUUUCAAUGCCUUAGUUAAAUAAUAUCUGUUUGUGAGUGCUCCAAUUUUAUUUUUAAUACCAGUUUAGUUUAGAUCUUUAUGGCAAAGUACCACAGGAUGGCUCAGCUGACUGUGGAAUGGAUAGCAUUGCUUAUAUCACAAUGGCAAAUGAUAAGCUGAGUUCCCAAAUUCUGUUCAGAAUUUUCUUUGCACGCGAAUACACUCACUCGUUUGAGCCAUUUUUCCAUUUUGCUACCUACACUGAAUGUGCUACAGAAUACGAUUGUGUUUAUGCAAACUGUACGUAUACCUCAUGAUAAGUCCUUGGUAACUCUUCAGCUGGAAGUGCAUGGUUAUAUGCUCUGACUCUUUACAAGAAGCAGGGUGGUAAUACCUGAAGUAUCUGACUUUAGUGUAAGAAGAGUAGUGGCUUGUAAAUUCAAUGAGAAUGUUGUAAAGGGUAAAUGUUUUCUGAUUAGGACUCUGAAAUCUUCAGCUUUGUUAGUCUGAGCAAAUAGCAAUGUAACAGCUUUUAUUACCCUCAACAGUAGAACUGAGCAGGGUUUUGGUUUUGGAAGCCUUACACAGCAAUUUUGGUUUAGUAACCC